CGAUUCGAUGCCAAUUCCCGUUAUUUCCCCCGCAGAAAAGAGUUACAUUGAACAAGGUGUCGAGACCGAUUGCCGUGCCGAUGGUCGUGGACGUCUUGAAUAUCGCCAUCUUGUGCUUGAAACCGGACUUUUGUCUCAAGCAAGCGGAAGUGCCCGCUGUCGUCUUGGAAACAGCGAUGUCUUAGUAGGCAUCAAGGUUGAAAUUGGAGAGAUUGAACAAGAUCAACCCAACCAAGGUCGUAUUUCAUGCAAUGUCGAAUGUUCGCCAAGUGCCUCACAACAAUUCGAAGGUCGUGGUGCUGACGACUUGAACAACACAUUAACACUGGCACUUGAGAGAUUAUUGAGUGGACCUCAGAGUGGACUAGACCUCGACAAACUGUGUAUUAUUCCUGGUCAACAAUGUUGGGUUAUUCACAUCGAUGCCAUGGUUAUGGAUUGUGCCGGAAACCUGUUUGAUUGUAUUGUGAUGACCACUCGCGCGGCAUUAUUCAACACACGUAUUCCAAAGACAGAAAUCCAAGACUUGGGUGAUGGUGAAUUUGAGUUUGAGGUUAUGGAUGAUGUAGAAGACGCAGAAGCUAUUGCCGGCUGGGAGAAUCUACCAAUGUCUGUUACAUUAUACAAGAUUGGAGAACGUUAUAUUCUGGAUCCUACAAUUCUGGAAGAGUUGUGUUCUCAGGUCACACUUACUGUCGGUGUCAACAAAACCGGACAAGUGUGUGGUGUACAAAAGGGUGGAUCAGGAAGUGUCGACCCAAGUUUACUGACUGAAAUGAUCCAGACAGCCACAACAUUGGCAGGUCCAUUGAUACAGCAAUUGGAUGCUAAGCUCGCAGAAGAAGAGAAAAAUGUGCUGGAUAAGCGAAGAAAAGGUGAACCAGUACAGAAACUUGGUUUCUUUGCAGCUGUCAUCUAAGUCACUAAAUUCUCCUAACCCAUUCUCCAAUAAACAAAUUUCAAUACUCUUUUCUUCAU